AUGCACAAAGUCAUGAAGAAAGCUGUGUUCCCCUGGGAGGAACAGGAGCCUAGCAUGGCACGGGCCGUGGUCCGCAGCAUAGCAGGCUUUGCCCUGGGUUUGUCCUUGGCCACAGCCUAUGGGCUGCUGGAACUGCUGGUGGAAGGACGCAGCCCCUGGGGCUGCCUUGUAGGCACCCUCACUUUGGCCACUUUCCUGAGCCUGGGCAUGGGAUUCUCUCGCCAGGUCCGAGUGACUGUCCUCCUGCUGUUGCCUCAGGCCUUCUCCAGGCAGGGCAGGGUACUGCUAUUGGUGGCUGCCUUUGGGUUGGUCCUGCAAGGGCCUUGUGCCAACACCCUUCGUAACUUCACCCGUGCCAGUGAGGCCGUGGCCUGUGGGGCCGAGCUGGCACUGAAUCAGUCUGCUGAAGUGCUGGAACGGGCCAAGCAGCCGCUUGUCAGUGCCCUAAGCAAGAUUAAAGCCAUUGCCCAGAAGACCAAAGCAGUGGCUGACCGGAUCCGCAAGUUCUUUCGGUCAAUCAUGGAUGGAGUGAAGCAUAUAGCUAGGGCCCUGCGGAGUGUAUGGUACUGGCUUCUGCACAUUGGUGAUGUGUGCAACUCAGAACUGGGCAACCCUUACUCGAAGUGCUCACGGAUCUUCGAGGAUGCCAAGGACGACUGUAUGAAGGUCAUUCCGCAGGCCUACCACCUAUGCUAUGUGCUCAUGCCCUUCAAAUUGGUGCUCUGUGGACUUGCCAGCGUGAGCCAAGUGUUCUGCAUCAUCCCCAAUUACAUCCAACCCUUUUUGCGCAAGACCAUUGGCACACCGGUGAUGAAACUGUUGAACCGAGUGCGUCAGGAAUUUGAGUUCAAUGUGACAGCCACCCACCACUUCUCUGUGAAUCUCAAUGCCUCUCGAAGCCUGUCCCAGAUAGCUCUGGACCUCCAGGAGGCUGUCAGCCUGAAGCUGUACCGCAUCCGAGAGGUCUUGGCACUGAUGGGCUACACCACAUCUCUGCUGCUCACAUUUCUCUACCUUCAAGCCCUGUUUUACCGGUACUGUUACCUGAACUGGGACAAUUUCGACAACAUCUACAUUACCAGCAAAUUCCUACACAUGGAGGCUAUCCGCUCCAUGGCAGGACUGCCCACAGUGCUGCCGCUUAGUGCCCAUGAGGCCAGUUACUAUAUCCAGCCAGGCUCCCUCUUCUUGUCCCAGUGGGAGCGGAUUUUUUACAUCCUGGCCAUCUUCAGCUUAAUGCGGCAUCUUGUCCUCGUGCUGCUCCUGGUCUUCCUAGACUAUACGGUCUUCUGGGUGCUUGACCUGGCCCGGCACCACUUGCAGGGGGAGAUUGUGGCCCGCAGUCCUGUUUUGGUAUCCAUAACUGUGGAAGGGGAAGGCUAUGCUGGGAAGAUUUACCGUGAUUUGGUGUCUGCAUUUGAUGUCCUACAACAAGGCAACAUUAGUAUCUUGUCCCGACAGUGCCUCCUGCGUCCCUCAGAGCCUAAAUCUACUGGUUACAUAGCCAUUGGCAGCAUGUAUGGUCUGUGCUUCUUCGUCACUCUAUGUGGUGCCUAUAUCAGUCGGCUGAGGCGGGUCAUCUGUGCCUCCUACUACCCAUCUCGGGAGCAGGAAAGGAUCUCCUACUUGUACAACAUACUUCUGAGCCGCCGAGCCAAUUUGUUGUCUACUCUGCAUCGAGCAGUGAGGCGGCGGGCAGCUGACCAGGAGGAUCAAAAGACUUUUAGUGUUUGGGGGACCUCUCUCCUUAGGUGUCCCUUCCUGGUUCCAUUCCUCAGUCUCUUUAAGACAUACCAGGUGUACUGCUUGGGCUGUGGGCAACCCCAAGAUGAGGGGGACAUGAAGAACUUUGUGUCCUGCAGUACCCCAGGCUGCCGAGGACUCUUCUGCACCACCUGCUAUCGCCUCCUGGGCAACACCUGCUCUGUGUGUGCAUCCUCCCUCUCCUACCAGGGGGACCUGGACCUGGAGCUGGACUCCAGUGAUGAGGAAGGUCCCUGGUUAUGGUUGGCUGCAGCUCAAACAAAGGACCCUGAGAAAGACUGGUUACUGCGGCAACAGCUCCAAGAAGCACCAGGACAGACCGUCUCCUCAGAGGCCAGCUUGGAGGCCAGUGACCUGGAUGAAGACAAGAGCUCUCAACAGAGGAAGCAGAAGCAGCAACCCCUACCUGAAGCCCAAUGGUGUAGUCUGCCAGCACUCCCAUAA